ACCAAAAACCAAAAAGUUGAAGUUUUUUCAAACCCCCGCCUAUGCUAUAAAAGCCCCACUCACAUCUUGACAUCUUCCCCACCCCCUGUCACAGAAGAGGAGUCUGCUACUCUAGUUUUUCGUGCUGGACCCCACAAACUCACGAAAUCCACGACCUCGCUCAUAUGGCUGACGUCUCCGUUCUUCCCUGCAACGACGGCAUUUGCAUGAUGUGCAAGCAGAUGCCGUCGCCGGAGGAGAUUCUCCCCUGCAACACAUGCACCUCCCCCUGGCACGUCUCCUGUCUCUCUGUCCGUCCCGAUACUGUGGCCGAGGCUUUGGACUGGGAGUGUCCGGACUGUGCUCCGGCGGCCGAUUCCGAGCAGGCUGCUGUGAAUUCUGUCGGCGCCAGAGGUGACGGAGGCGGCGACGACGGUCUCAUCGCCGCUAUCAAAGCCCUGGAGGCCGACGAGUCAUUGACGGAGAGAGAAAAGGCCAGGAAACGACAGGCGUUGAUGUCCAAAACCGCAUUGCUGCCGUCCGAUAGCGAUGGCGCAGAUUCCGAGAAAAAGAUGAACGGUGGUAAUGACGCAAUACUCCUACGGAGCUUUUGCUGCACGAUUUGCAUGCAUCUUCCUGAGAGACCUGUUACGACACCUUGCGGUCACAAUUUCUGCCUGAAAUGCUACGACAGAUACGUAGCACAAGGAAAACGACAAUGUGCAAAUUGCCGCCAACCGAUUCCAUCGUCUCUGAGAAUCAACGAGGUUCUUGUGAGGGCGAUUCGUAGAGCGAACGUAGACAAACGCGCCACCGCAGGCGACGGCCAACGCCCCGUGGCGCAUUACCUUCACAACCAGGACCGUCCGGACAAAGCAUUCAGAAGCGAGCGAGCGAAGAAGGCUGGAAAUGCUAAUGCAUCGAGUGGAAGAAUAUUUGUUACUACUGCUAAGGACCAUUUUGGUCCCAUAACGGCCGAGUAUGACCCGGAGAGGAAUGAGGGUGUGUUGGUGGGGAGGACUUGGCAGUAUAGGAUGGAAUGCAGGCAAUGGGGGAUUCAUCGCUCUGUGGUUGCAGGGAUUUCGGGGCAGAGUAGGCAUGGUGCUCAGUCGGUAGUUUUGUCCGGAGGAUAUGAAGACGAUGAGGACCACGGCGAGUGGUUCAUUUAUACCGGAAGUGGUGGAAAAGAUUUAAGUGGAAAUAAACGGACGAACAAGGAACACAGUAAAGACCAGGAGUUUACGCACAUGAAUGAAGCGCUGAGGUUAAGUUGCAGAAUGGGUUAUCCAGUGCGAGUUGUGAGAUCCCACAAAGAGAAGCGGUCUUCAUAUGCGCCUAGAGAAGCAGUGGUGCGAUACGAUGGGAUUUACAGAAUUGAAAAAUGUUGGCGAAAGAAAGGAACGCAGGGAUUUAAGGUAUGCAGAUACCUUUUCAUGAGAUGUGAUAACGAACCUGCUCCUUGGACAUGUGAUGUUCAUGGGGACCGUCCAAGGCCUCUGCCAUUUAUAAAGGAGUUGAAAAAGGCAACCGAUAUAACAGAAAGAAAAGGAUCUCCAUCGUGGGACUACGAUGAAGAAAAAGAGUGCUGGUUGUGGAAAAAGCCUCCACCACUUAGCAAGCAACCAGUGGAGGAUAGUGGGGAUGCAGAGGAGGGGAAGAAAGUAAAAGUGAAGAGAGCUCAUCGGCAGAGACAGAUUAUGGAAGAAGAGAUCCAGAGAGAGUUUGGCUGUCAUAUAUGUCAUAAGGUUUUGACUUCCCCUGUUACAACACCAUGCGCUCACAACUUCUGCAAAGCAUGCUUAGAAGGUGCCUUUGCUGGUUUGACUUAUAUAAAAGAGAGGACAUGCCAUGGAAGAAGAACACUGAGACCACAAAAGAAUGUCAUGAAUUGCCCGCUGUGUUCGACUGACAUAGCUGAGUUUCUCCAAAAUCUAAAGGUUAAUACGGAUCUCAUGAAUGCCAUAAAAGACAUGCAGCAGAAAUUGGAAGAUUUGGAAGAGGAAGAGGAAGCUGAAAAGGAAGUAGAAGAUCAGGAACAGGAAGAAAUUGACAAUGACGGUAAAGAGACUGUGGAUGAAGCCAAAGAAAGCAUCUCACCAGCACCCCAGACUGAAACUACACCGCAAGAAGCUUGUGAGCAAAAGAAACCAACUCGUAAGCGAAAGAAGUCAAACAAUGCCGAAAAUGCGGUGGAUGCUGGGGUAACGGCCAGGAGGAGUAAGAAGAGUAAAAUGGCAGUGGCAGUCUGAUGGAUUCAUGAUCAAGUUUUUCUCAUGGUCAUCCUAUCAAGUUUCCUUCACCAAUUGGCCUAUCAAUUCGUUAAUAAAUCUAUUGUUCUCAAUAAGAAAGCUGGUCUGCAGCUCAAUAAAGUUUUCUCCUAUGUCAUUCUUGAGUUCAGCUUUGUAAAUGGUUGCGACUUUUUACUAAGCUUAUAGUGUCGCUUCUCAGAAGCAAUAAAAU